GACUAUUGUUUUCCGUUUGACUGUACAGCACACUCAUGAUUUUCGACUGAGAUGGCUUCAGCAGCGUUAUUAGAGAAUACUAGCAGUAAAGAUGUUCUGGCUGAGGGUUUGAUUGACCUCCUCAAACCCGCCAUUCAGCAGCUGGACCUGCACGUACACUCUGUCAGAGAAAGUCAGGUGGAACUAAGAGAACACAUUGAUAAUCUAGCCACAGAACUGUGUCGUAUAAAUGAGCACCAGAGGGUUGCUUUGGACUUGGAUCCCUAUGUGAAAAAGCUGCUCAACGCGAGACGGAGGGUGGUUUUAGUGAAUAAUAUCCUCCAGAAUGCUCAGGAACGUCUACGAAGACUCAACCACAAUGUGGCCAAGGAAACAGCACGCAGAAAAACUAUGUUGGAGGCGUCAGGGGUGUUUGCCUCCCGCUCCCCCAGUUUACCCUGAGGUCCCUCCUGAGGUCCCCGUGUGCUCCCCCAGUGCACACUGAGGUCCCCGUGCUUGCUCCCCCAGUGCAUCCUGAAGUCUUCUCCUGUGCACCUUGAUGUCUGUUCUGUGUUCACACUGUCCUGAGGCACUCCCAGGCCUGCCGAGAGACAAUCCCUCCAGCAUGUUCCGGGUCUUCCCUGGAGUCUCCUCCCGAUGAGACAUGCCCAGGGGUGGUGUCCAGGAGGUAUCCAGAACAGAUACCCAAGCAAUCUCAUCUGGCUCCUCCACACGUGGAGGAGCAGCAGCUCUACACUGAUUUUUUCCUUUGGUACCGAGUUCAUCGCCGUAUUUUUAAGAGAGCGCUCAGCCACCCUGUGGAGGAAACUCAUUUCAACCAUGAUCUUGUCCCUUGUCCUUAGUUAAGCUGGAAUAACCAGGAGGUUGGGUGUAAAUGUGGAGUCUGGUGUGCAUCAGUAAAAUGUAAACAGAUCUAGUUGGUGGACAGAUACAGUUUAAUUAUGUAGCCUACAUCAUUACUUUGGGGUAAGCUGAUCCACACAUACUCCCUUAUAUGUAAAAAUGGUACUCUGAGAUUACAUAUUUACAAAAAUAUUGUGUACAUUUUUUUCUGUAUAAAACCUUUCAAAAGUAUAAAUUUAAGUAUGUAUUCGCUUUGGUCCAUCGGUCAAGCUUUAAUGUGGUGGUUCAACUUCCCCUAAAAUGUAUAUGGCUUUUUUUUUGUUCAUAUGGCAUUAUUUUGACAAAAAACAGACUGUAUAUAUAAAACCACCAAAGCAAAAAAGUGUCUCAACCUACCCCAGUGUGCUCUACACAAAAAAUAACGUGUACAUGAAUGUGGUCUGGUUGGAGGGAUAUUCAUGAAAUGUAUCUUUGACCUAAUUAAAUGUGCUUUUGCAUGUUGUACAAAAAAAUACAUGUUUGUGCUAAUAAAAGUCUGAACAAUAC